CACCACCUGCCAUUGAAAAGUUCGGAGAACGACCAGUGCUCUGCUCCGGCCGGCUACUAGGACAGAGCUUGAGGGGCAGAGUGGGCUGGCCUGCAGGCAGAAGAGAAGCAGCUGCUACUAACAGAGAGGCAGGAGGAGCCAUGGGGUUCGGCGUGGUGUCCCUGCUCAACGCGGUGUUCCGGCACAUGUUCACCUCGGCGGGCCUCCGCCCCGCCUCCGCCACCGUCGACGCCGACGACACCACCAUCCACUUCUGGACCCACCCCUCCCUCCUCCAGCCCUCCUCGGAGCAGCAGCAGCCGCUGCCGCCGCGGCCGGUGGUUGUGCUGAUCCACGGGUUCGGCCCGGACCCGACGUGGCAGUGGGCGGCGCAGGCGGGCCCGCUGUCCCGCCACUUCGACCUGGUGGUGCCCACGCUGCUCUUCUUCGGCGCCUCCUCCACGCGCGCGCCCGCCCGCUCCGACGCCUUCCAGGCCGCCGCCCUCGCCGCGCUCCUCGACGGCGGCGGCGGCCACCUCCCGGGCCUCGGCGCCGGCCGCGCCGUGCACGUGGUGGGCACCAGCUACGGCGGGCUCGUGGCGUACCACCUGGCCCGGGAGCUGCACCGCCGCGGCGGCGGCGCCCGUGCCGGGAAGGUGGCGCUGUGCGACUCGGACGCGUGCAAGGGCACGGAGGACGACCGCGCGCUGGCGGCGAGGACCGGCGUGGCCGAGGUGACGGAGCUGCUGGCGCCGGCCGACACCCGGGCGCUGCGGCGGCUGAUGGCCGUCUGCGCCCACCGCCCCGUCAAGUACAUCCCCGAGUGCCUCCUCCGCGACAUGCUCCGGAAGUACUUCGGGGACAAGAGGGAGGAUAAGAUAGCGCUCAUCAAAGGGAUCACCACCGGGGAAGGCUUCCAGCUCGCUCCUCUGCCUCAGGAGGUUUUGAUCAUCUGGGGCGAGUUCGACCAGAUCUUCCCUGUGGAGAAAGCGCACAAGAUGAAAGAGAAGCUCGGGAAGAAGGCGACGGUGAAGGUGAUCCCGAACACGGGGCACCUGCCGCAGCAGGAGGAUCCCAAGCUCUUCAACCAAAUCCUCCUCGACUUCCUGCUGCACCCGGCCACAUCCAACGGCAGUGCCGCCGCCGCCGCCAAAUAGCGCCUAGUAUUCGCGCCGCCUUGAUGUUGUGUGCAUCCGGUGAUCGUUCGUGGAGAUUCUGUCUUCUCCUUUUGUUUUCCCAGCCUGUUUUGAAAUGCAGAGGCAAUGCAGAUUGCUGUGUGCCUGUGUUUUACCAAGGUGUAGGGAGAGAGUUUGCAGCCUUGCUUUUUUUCAGUUUUUUUUUCUUUUUCUUUGCGAGCAAUUGAUAUUUUGGAUCGAUGUCACAAAGAAGCUGCACAUAAGAAGCGUCCAUAACUCCGCUACCAAUGGGGCGAUUUUUCUAAAGAACACUUUUGGGCCCUCUUAGGUGAAAGCCAGCGAGCCCACCAUGCAUUGAUCUAUCGUUGAGCCAUUCAGUUUGAAUUUUUCUUUUAAGUACUAAACAAAAAUCAAGCGAUUUCUUUGGAAAUAUAUAUGAAGAACGAGGAGCCAGCUCCUUUCGUCUGUCA